GUUCUGGGUGUGAUCGUCUGAAGUAAUUCUAUUGUUGUUUUAAAUUAUUUACAAUGAAGCAAGAUUGCGUGUAGUAGUUGAAAUGUGUAGCAAGGUAGCGAAACUUUGUAUUGUGUAUGACAAGUGUUCAAAGUGACGAUCAUUAGUAUAACGAAUAAGGUAAACUGAAGAUGUUCUCAUAAGACAAAAGGCUUCGUCCUUCACACAUUUAGCUAGAGCAUCAUUGUUUAAACAAGUCGUUAUCUGCACGUCGCCGAUAGUAUUAGACAGUGAUUAUAGAAAUGCUAACGAUGUUUCACUGCAUUCAUGAAACGACCCAGCAAUUUGUCGCUGUUGACACCUGAAGAGAAAGUGCAAUAUUUAUUCAAGAAUGGCCAUUUAGUUAGAGACAAAUUUAUUCGUAAAGCCCCCAUAAACAAUGGAAAGAUAGAUAAAAGCUCCUUGCCAAUAACCAAAAAUAGUUUGAUGUCUAAAAGUGGGAGAAUUAGGAAGAAACGUAUGGAUAACCUGAGAUUGUUUGAUAACAUCUUGAAAACUGAACUGCUAAUUGAAGAUAAGAAAAAAAAACCAAUCCAAAAAGACAAAGGUGCUAACAGUAACAACAACAAUGAUGAUGUGAGUGAUCACAAUGUUGAUUGGGACCUUACUCUGCUUGACCCUUGUAACCUUCCAACUGUCUUCAAUGAUGUGAAAAAAACAACUCCACCAAGAAAAAAGAAGGCAGUUAAACGUUCACCUAAAACAUCAACUGAUAUCACUAGGCCUGCUCAAUCAUUUCAGUGCAAUUACUGUGCCAAGAUGUUUGAAGCCAAGUCAUCUCUCAGUAGGCACAUUUAUGGCCAUCUUAAUCUAAAGCCGCACAAAUGUCCUCACUGCCCAAAAAAAUUUAGAUAUGAACCAAAAGUGCAAGAACAUAUAGUUCAAGAUCAUCCGGAACUAGAUGAUGCUAUUAGAAAUUUCAUCUGUGACAUAUGUGGACAAUACUUUCUCUUAGAAAAGAAUUACAAUGAGCACUUGGCAACCCAUGUCCAUAGUGAUGAAGAAUAUAAAUGUCUUUUUUGUGAAGAGUCAUUCUCCCAAUAUUCAAUACUGAUUAAGCAUGAAAAACAACACUUGGUAACUGGCCGUUAUAUAUGCACAAUAUGUAAAAUGAGCUACACAUGCCGUGACCACCUUUCGUUACAUCUCAAGGGUCAUCUUAAAAUAAAAGAGUUCAUGUGUCAAUAUUGUGGCAAAGAAUUCCUGCGACUCAAUUCUAUGCAACGACAUGUACAAGUAUGUCAUGCUGGCCACAGGAUCAAAUGUCCAAUAUGCAAAAAAGAGUUAAAAGGUCAUUUGACUGAACAUAUGAGAACUCAUGAAAAGAAGCGACCACAUAAGUGUCCUGACUGUGGGCAACGUUUCACUCAAUCUACUCAGUUGAAUGUCCAUAGGCGCUCACACACAGGUGCCCGACCUUACCCAUGUAGGAUCUGUAAUCACCGUUUUUCACAUUCAAAUGCAUUGAUGCUUCAUAUUAGACGUCACACUGGUGAGAAACCUUUCCCAUGUGCUAUGUGCCCCCUGAAAUUCUCUCAAUUGCCACAUAUGAAAGCUCACAUGAGAAAUAUACAUGGUAAAGAAAAUGCAUAUAAAUGCAAAAAGUGUGCACAGUUUUUCAAGUUGAAAGUUGAUUUAGAGAACCAUCAAAAGAACUGCACUGUCGGUGACAAAGAACUGAGUUUUGAGGAAAAAAUUGAAGCAUCCAUUAAAUAUGAAGAGGUCGAAGUGGAGUCAGUGAUGAGUCUGUCACGGAUGAGGUAUCUUCUGGCUCUGUUGCUGACUAUGAUUGCUAGCAAAGACAAACUGAAGUACCUAGGUUUCAACAAACGCCUAAUCGAUGAACUGCUGCUGGAAUCUCUUGAAGCUAUGGGCAUUACACCAUGCAAAGAUGAAUCUCUGACACCUAUAAAACGUCUCAGGACUAACAUUGAAAUGUUAUUGAAGGGUACUGUGCCAAAAACGGAAAUGGAAAAACUGACAUAUGAAAAUAAGUCUACAGAAGAAAUAUUGGAACUUCUUACUGAUGAGAAGAAAUCAGAAUAGAUACAGGCAUUGGUUUUUAAAAAGGAAGGCCGGGUGAGUUGCGCCCUUCCCGUAGGGCCUUGUGCCCAUUCCAACACAGGUAUGGAUGUCAGGUUACAUACCUAUUUUAAAUUCUAAGCUUCUUCAGUCAAUGCUGAUGGAAACAAAUUUAUCAUCAAGCAGUCAUAGCUAACAAUGAUACCGUUUGUAAUUUUAGAGGUAAUUUGUAUUAAGCCAAACCACAGAACACAGAGAGGUUAGAUGGGCUUGCCCCCACUACACUUCCACCUAAUAAAUAAUAACCAAUCAAACGAAGCUACAUCAAACAAUCGAACCAAUCAGCGCUCACGUCCGAGAGCAACGACGCAAUCAGAACCAAAAUUUGGUCAAGUUAAGUGCAUUUGCUCACACACAACUGUGGCGCGCCUGCCCCGCCCAUAUGGCGUUUCCAACCUCUUUCUGUAUUCUGUGAACAAAAGUAUUGGUUUCGUAUCACUUGUUGGUGACCUCUAGUUACACAAAAGUUCAUAUACAUAAACAAACAAUCAGAAACGAAAGAAAAAUGAGCAAAUUCGCAUUGUUAUUUCAUUCUUUCAACAAUAAUUUAUUAAGAUAGAGCAUCACUUUUUUAAUGGGAUUCAACUAACAAUAGGACCGAUUGGGCGCAAUAUUGUGA